UUUAUAAACGACUCUGUGUGGCAUGUUGUAUGUCGGUGCCUGAGACAAGCUUGGUAAAUACUGGAAAGCUCUAGGGCAAUUAGGACUUCCGUGUUUGUGCCUGUGUAUACGCCUGGCAGCACGUCUUUGCUCAGACAUGGAGGAGCCCGAUAUACGACAACAGAAGCUGGAUAACCAGCGAACCCUUUUGAUGAAAAAGCAGCAAAAGAAGAGGGCUGAUUCUCAGAUGGUGGUAGCCAAUCGAGAUACUCGCCAAAAGAACCGAAAGCACAAAGCUGCACGCUCUGAUGAAACACCUCUGUUGAUCAGCCAAUCCCUGAGCAACACUUCUCUGAGUGAUCAAGUUGAACAUGCCCAUGAUAAUCCAUUGGAUGAGAUCACACUGGGUGAAUGUGACAUGACAGCGAGCACGAUGUUAGAUGAGAUGCCUUCAGAGAAACCAGCUACUCCCAAGAGAAUGAACUUGGAGACUGAGAAAGAGCCAGAGGUGAAGUGUGAAGAGAAUGACGCCCACCUGGAGGGAAAGAAGAUGAAGAAGAAAGAAAUGAAAAGAGAAAAAGCUAAACAGGUGGAACAGGAUGAUGAAAAGGAGAUGGAGAAGGACAAGGAGAAAAAAACUAAGAAGAAAGACAAAGUGAAAGAAUCUGAAGACCCACAGAAGACAAACAAGACAACCAAACAAGAGCGGAAAAAGAAACACUUACUGGAGAUUUCAUCCCAGGACAUAGAGUCACCAGUUGGGGUGGCAAGUCCAAAGAAGAAUAAAUGCAAUGAAACUGAUGAUGAAGAGGAGGAAGGGUCAGAGAGGCCUGUCGUCACUAAAUCGCCUAAAAGGAAAAAACAACUAGACACAACCAGGUGCCAAAUAAGCGAUGACAGCAAGGAUGACGAAAUCCACGAAAAGGAGAAAAAGGAGAAAAAGACAAACAAAGCAGAGAAAACUACGCCAAGCAUCGCUUCCCUCAACUCAAACCACAGGGGGGGCUCAUCUUCAGGCAGUGAAUCUAAUGAAAGAUCAACAUCGCCAAUGUCAGUGGAGGAUCUUGAGAAGUUUGCUUUGCGUCCAGCCCCCAGAGAUGUGACGAUCCAGUGCCGAGUCACCAGGGACAGGAGAGGCAUGGAGAAGGGCAUUUACCCGACUUACUACCUCCACAUGGAGAAGGAGGAUGGCAAGAGGGUGUUUCUAAUGGCAGGCAGAAAAAGGAAGAAGUGCAAAACAUCCAACUAUCUCAUCUCCACUGACCCGACUAAUCUGUCCAGAGACACAAACUGCUACAUAGGAAAACUAAGGUCCAAUGUUCUGGGUACAAAGUUCACAGUUUACGAUGGAGGUGAAAACCCAGAGAAAAAACCUUUUAUCAAAGAGUGUGAGUCGGUGCGGCAAGAGCUGGCAGCAAUUUGCUAUGAGACAAAUGUGCUGGGAUUUAAGGGUCCCAGGAAAAUGACAGUGAUCAUCCCUGGCAUGAUGGAGAACGAUGAAAGAGUGUCCAUCCGUCCAAAAAGCGAACUUGAGACUCUACUGGUCCGCCAUGCUAACAGCAACACAGACAAACUGGUCACUCUGAUGAACAAAUCCCCGAGCUGGAAUGAACAGACUCAGUCAUACGUGCUUAACUUCCAUGGACGAGUCACUCAGGCCUCUGUCAAGAACUUCCAGAUCAUCCACCCUGACAAUGAGGAUUACAUAGUGAUGCAGUUUGGCCGUGUAGCAGAGGACGUCUUCUCAAUGGAUUACAGUUUCCCCAUGUGUGCCCUGCAAGCCUUUGCCAUCACCCUGUCAUCCUUUGAUGGCAAACUAGCUUGUGAGUGAGCCGUGCUGGUGCCUCAGGUGCUUAACAAGAUUCUUGAUCUGGAUAGAAACUUACGAUUAAAGUUUAAUUUUCCACAA